AUGGGCUGCACACCAUCUCGCAGUGACUUUGCUAACAGCAUUGCAAGAAGUGGACUUAAGGCUUUGAAUAAACCCAAAGGAAUUUUGCGUGUUGAUCCAGGAGACAAGGGAAUUCCACUGCUAGUUAAGAGUUCGUCUUGUUAUACUAUUGAUGAGUUUGGCCAGUAUGAGAUUCAGAGGAAAGACAGCCCAAGAGAAAAUGAGGAGCAAGUAUCAGAUCAAGACAAAAAUGAUAAUUUCCAAUCAUCUUCCAAGGCUCAUUCAGAUGCUCAGAUUGCCAGGGACAAAAAGAAAAUUGACAGGACAGCCACAGAUGCUGAAGCAGCUAUGUCCGAGCUUAUUGAGUCCCAAAAACACGUUACUGAGGAUAUACACAUCAGAAAGCAAAGCUCCUGUGAAUCAGAAGCAUCAGCCUUUAUUUGGGAUGACAAGAAUGAAAGCAAUAGAAAGAAAAUCCCAAAGAAAGCAAAAAAGCAAAAAAGCCACAAACUGGCAAAGCAAGGUCGAGCUGGCAAAAUUAAAGAAAAGUCCACCUUGCCUCAGUGUGAGGCAGAAGAAAAGGUAGAUUUCCCAGAAGUGCUUGUUAAGGCUCAUCAGAGUGCUUAUGCCUACUUAAAUCCCAACCUCUCCAAAUAUGAAGCUAUCCUUCAUAUGGCCAACCAGGCUACUCAAACCCAGCUCCUCUUGCAGCAGAUGGUAAGCUUCCUGGUGCUUCGCUUUGAUGAAAUCAACCAGCUCUUGGAAGAAAUUGCUAAUGAUGGGGAAAAUCUUCUCAAAAACGUGGGUGGGAAUCUGGCAUGGCCAGCAAAAAAAGAUUUGAAGGAGCACCCUGAUCUGCUGCAGCAGUUACUGCAGUACACAGUCAACAGAAUGCAGCUGCUCAACAGCACGGUGUCUUCCCUCACCUCCGAUGCCCUGCAGGAGACAUGCAACUACCUGCAGUCUGCUGCGAGCAACCUGGAAGGAAAACUGAAAGCAAAGCAAGGUUUUGAUGAGCGCCUGUUACAAACGAUAAGUCUGCUCGAAGCCUCUACAGUGGGAUCCUCUCCGUCUCACAGCGAGGACAGAACGCUCUAUUCUGAGGACAGUGGCAUUGGAGCAGACAAUGAGUCUAUCAAAGACUUCAGUGCUCUCGGUCAGCUUGGAAAACAAGCAAGCUGCGAUUCCUGUGCACGUGGCCAUCUAUUCCAWAAGCACACCAGAUCCGUGGGGCACACUCGUGGUGGGACAGCAUCACCAAGCACAGCCACCUCCCAUGACAGUUGUGCAGUUGAAAGGCAUUUUAAGGAUAUAGUUUACUCAUCUGCUCAGAAUAGAGAAGUGGUUUCUUCUGCCAUGCCCCAACAUGCAAGACUGUGCAAAAGCCAGUCUUAUAACUCAAUUCAGUCUGAUUCUACCCAAGAAAGUGAACAUUUCAAAAUCUGUGAAUCCACAGAUUUUGCCUCCGAUGAUGAUGAAGGGAGCACCUUGGGGGAGGAUGAUGACAGCACAAGUUUAUCAGAAAUGGGGAAGGAUAUUCUGCCAAGAAGGCCUCUGUCAUCACCUGCAGUAACUGAUAAUACACAGAGGCAAUCAAAGAGGACAGAGAAUGCAGAGACRGAGGAAAUGAUCCUUAAGAUGAAGUAUGCCAUCAGUGAAAAAAUCAAGUUUGUCCCAGCUAAACCUGGACGUAAGGAGUGGAUAGAGGAYGACAGUGGAAAAACAGUCCUAAGAGCAAGGCCCAGCACAGCAACAGGUAGCCAGAAAUCCUUAGCGAAACARCUUCGGUCCAGGUCAGAGGAGUCUCUCAGAAGCCAGGCAGAGGAUCCAACCCUUCUAGAACUUCAAAGAACUCAGAAAGAGCUCAAYAAGAGACUGGAAAUGUUUUACAGAAACAAGGGCACAGACAGCAACCAAGAGCCUUGGAAAUCAAGAAUAGCACCUUGUUUACAGGAUGAGCGUGUUACAUCUAGAUCCUCUAACAAACUGAAGGCUUGUCUCUCAAAAAAUUUCAGCAUACUGCCUAGCCAAGAUAAAGUUCCUUUAUAUAUGGUUGAUCAAAGUCCUGUUAAUCAUCUGGAUGAAAGAAGAGGCAGGAAGCCCUUAGGAUCUGCUGUGUCCCCACAGGAAUCAUCAGGCAGCAAAGACACUGAGCCUCCUAGAACACAAGUCCAGAACAGCACUAGCUGUGCCUCCCGCAAGUCUGUCAAAAAGCUUAUUGAAACAUUCAGUCCUACAGAUGAUCUUGUAAAGGUCACACCGCUAAGAUCUUUAGGACCAAUAAAGUGCGUCAGAAAUUUUGGACUUCCAGGUAUCCCACCCACCCUUCCCUUUCAGAAAGGCCUGGCACCUUUAAAUCUUAAGAAUCGUAUUUCACCAGUAGAAGAUGUAAAUCAUCAAAACACCGAUGCAGGUUCUUCAAACUUUCCCCCUGUACCAGCUACAGAAUUAAGCACGAAGGACACAAAGGAGGAGACUGAUGAAGACAUUGAAAACCUGCCACCACCACCUCCUGAAAUGUUAAUGAACACUUCUUUUGGCCUAUCUGAGUCUGAAGAAACUGCCAGAAUAGAUGGAAACUCUUCAGAAAAUGUCAAGAAACCCAGCAAAACAGAACUUCACRCUACCAGGAAAGCACACAUUUCCCCCAAAAUCAAAGCUUCUCUCCAGUCCAUUGACUUAUUACCAAGUAAAAAUAUCAACAGUCCCAACGCAAUUGCUAAUAAAGUUGCCAGGAAUACUGGAGUGGAUGAGAAAUUUCGGAAAUAUUCCCUGGAGCUCAAUCCUACCAAUGUGCACAUCCCUAGCCAGGAAGAGAUCCUGGCAACUCAAAGAAAGGAGGCUGCAGAUUUAUAUAAGCAAACCCAUAAAAUUAUUCCUCUUCAAGAUCCCAGCGAUGGUUCAAAAACACGUGGUAAUAUCUCAGAGAGCAAAGAGCCGAGUUCACUUGCGACCUCAGCCCCGUGCCAGAAGCAUGGAUCCCCCGAUGCACUGAGGAAGCACGAGAGAGGGUCAGCUUUCAUCAGGAGAGUCUCCCCAACGAGGACUCCUUCUCCGCCAGCGGAGAGGCGGCUCUUCAGCCCACCUGCCCCUCACAGAAACKCUCCACAGGCAUUUGGCAGCUCCCAGCCAGGCUCCCCCACCAUGCCGAGGAAUCCCAGCCCCACCGGCAGCCUCCGGGUGCCCAGCCCUCCRGCACAGAAGCAGCUCUCCUCUCCGCCGGCCCCACGGAAAGCGUUCAGCCCACCCGUGGGGCGCCAGCCCAGCCCCAUGGCUCCACACAAGCUGCUGGGGUCCCCAGGUGGCCGCAGAGAUGYGAGCCCACCUCCGUUCCUAGUCACUCCUUCCCCACCAACCUCGCCAUCUCGGACCCGUAAGGGACUCAAAGCCGCGCUGGAUACCGGCGACGAGCAGCCACCCUUCCCCUCAAGGAGAGGGAGCAACAUCCGUUCAAUAUUCUGCCCUGCGACUUCCUCCCUGUUUGAAGCCAGGCCUCCAGCGCCUCUUGGCAAGCCCACGGCAGAGGUGCCGGGCCAGCCAGAAGCGGCCCCGUUUCCCCAGCGGAGCGGGGUGCUCCCCAGGGCCAGGAAGCUGUCCCAGAGCGCUGCCAACCCGCAGCCCUUCGUCAGGAGGAGUUUCUCCGACCGCCGCCCAGGGGUGCAGUUCCGUGUUCCUGCUCCAGUGUCAGCCGGCAGCGAGCCCGCGCUCAGCCRGGCAAGCUUGGAGGAGAGCCCCAGGAAGGGAAGUGACUCCUGGAGCAGCCCUUGCACCUCCGAAAUCAGAGAGUCCAGCAGGUCAGCUUCUCACCCCGACCUCUACGUYGUGGGCCAGCGGCUGCAGAGGGAGUGA